AUGACGCACAGAAUCCUCCACAUUGUGCGCAAGGUGCGCACCUUCAGUUUCACGGCGAACUACCGCAGCCACCCGUUUGCCUGGUACGGAGGCCUCUGCUGCGUGCUGUUCAGCUGGGCCAACUAUGCCCAGUACAAGCGUCUUGCGCCAAUGUUUCCCAAGUAUGAGCGCUACCUAACGGAGGAGGGUGGACGCAUGUUGGAGGCGAAGCGGCAGGAGCUUGCGGAGGUGAGUCGGUACAACCACAUGGUAGGGGCUAUGCGAAGGGACCUCAGCGGCAAGUGA